AUUCAAAAGAUAUGUUUGCCGACGCUUUAUAUGGUUCCAAGUUUGGGAACCAGCGUAGUCAGUAGACAAGUGUGUGAGAGGAAAGCUUGUGUUGUCUCUCAGUCAUGGCUAAGUUGGUGGAAUGUGUACCAAAUUUCUCAGAGGGGCGUAACAAGGAGGUCAUUGACGCCAUAGCCGAUGCCAUCUCUGCCACAGAGGGCUGCAGUUUGCUGGACGUCGACCCAGGGUCUUCAACAAACAGGACGGUGUACACUUUUGUGGGACAACCAAUGGCUGUCAUCGAGGGGGCGCUGAAUGCCGCCCGUGUUGCGUUUAAACUCAUUGACAUGACCAAACACUCAGGUGAACACCCUCGGAUGGGUGCGAUGGAUGUGUGUCCCUUCAUACCGGUGCAGAACGUCAGCAUGGAGGAGUGUGUACAGUGUGCCAAUCAGUUUGGCCAGAGAUUGUCAGACAUGCUCAAUGUGCCUGUCUAUCUCUACGGAGAGGCGGCCAGAAAAGAGAGCAGAAGGUCACUUCCCUCAGUCCGUGCAGGGGAAUAUGAAGCAUUGCCAGAGAAGCUCAAAAAGAGCGAAUGGGCCCCUGAAUAUGGCCCCGCCACCUUCGUCCCUUCUUGGGGCGCCACAGUAACCGGCGCCCGAAAGUUUCUCAUCGCCUACAACGUGAACCUUCUGAGCACUAAAGAACAGGCUCACAGAAUCGCACUGGAUAUUAGAGAACAGGGCCGUGGGAAAGAUCAGCCUGGGCUUCUGAGAAAGGUUCAGGGAAUGGGAUGGUACUUGGAAGAGGCCAACCUUGCUCAGGUGUCCACCAACAUCCUGGACUUUGAGGUGACGCCCAUGCACAUGGUCUAUGAGGAGAUCUGCAGAGAUGCCAAGGAUUUGAACCUUCCAGUGGUGGGGUCCCAGAUAGUCGGGCUGAUUCCUCUGAAGGCGAUGCUGGACUGUGCGGACUUCUACAUCCAAAAAGAAAAGCUCUUCGUUGUGGAAGAGGAGCACAAAAUCCGACUGGUUAUCAGCAAAUUAGGACUCGACUCCUUGGGGCCAUUUGUUCCAAAGGAGAGAAUCAUAGAGUAUAUGGUAAGGGACAACCGGGACGAUGGCCGGCUUGUGUCUCUGUCUCUAGAGAAGUUCGUCCACAGUGUUGGGGCCAGAACAGCGGCUCCUGGUGGAGGGUCUGUUUCUGCGGCAAUCGCUGCUAUGGGUGCAGCUCUGGGCUGCAUGGUCGGUCAGAUGACAUACGGGAAGAGGCAGUUUGAGUCUCUGGAUGCGGAGAUGAGGAAACUUAUUCCUCCAUUUCAUGAAGCCAUGAACGACUUAUUAUUAAAAGUGGACGCUGAUUCGACAGCUUUUAACAGCUACAUGGCUGCUCUGAAAUUGCCCAAAGGCACACCUGAUGAAAUCAAAAGGAGGGAAGAAGCCAUGCAGGAGGGUCUGAAGGCGGCGGUGGGCGUUCCUCUGUCUCUGGCAGAGAGAAUAAACACACUGUGGCCUGUUCUCAAAGAGAUGGUAAAAUACGGAAAUGUGGCAUGUAAAUCAGACAUUCAGGUAUCAGCAAAAGCUUUGGAAACAGCAGUAUUUGGAGCAUAUUACAACGUUAUUAUAAACCUGAAGGACAUCAAGGAUGCUUCAUUCAGGGCCGCCACUGAAGCGACAUUGUCUGCGCUGUUAAAGAACGCCAGAGAGAAUGCUAACUUAGCACUGGAGACAGCCGACCGCAGGAAAUGAUGCAGACUGUAACUCACAAGAACAAAUCAAAUAAAGACAUGCUGAUGUGCAACUUAA